AUGGACGCAGCGGUGAAGGAGCUCGUCAAGCUCGAGAAACUGACUUCAACAUCCUCUUCUCCGAGCAAAGGGAAGUCGCCAUCCAUAGACAACUCGCUGGACUUCCUCCUCGAAACACUUCAUGAUCUCAGACAGCAUCUUAUGGAUGGCGUAGCUUCAGAGGAGGAAAUUCGGGAUCUAUGUAAGGUAGUGGAUACAAGAAAAAAAGAGAUUGACGACCGGCAGAAGGAGGUGUACAACACACUCGCACGAUAUGGCAAGGCUUUGGACAAGCGCUUCACUAACCCCCUGCCCACAUACAACCCGUUGUUUGCUAGUUCAGAGGCAGAGAGCGCCCUGGAGCAUGUCAUCGCUAUGCAUUUCUUACGAAUAGGGCGGUUUUCGACCGCCGAAACCUUCAUCGAGGAGUUCAACGUGGAUAUAUCGACAGAGCUGCAAGCCCAGUUCAUUGAUCUGCACCGAAUCCUUGUCGCUUUACGAGAGCAGAAUAUCGAUCCUGCCCUAGAAUGGGUCAGGAAUAAUCGCCCGUUUUUACAAUCACGGGCAUCAUCCCUAGAAUUCUAUCUCCAUCGUUCGAAGUAUCUUCGCCUCCUUUCCGCAUCACACACGCCGAUCCCUACCCAUGCAAUAGACUACGCCAACAAGUAUCUCCGACCGUUUUACGACUCACAUCCUGGCGAGUUCCAGCGCCUACUUUCUUGCAUAAUGUACCUGCAAAAACUUGAAACGUCGCCUUACGCCGAUCUGGCUUCACCCACUGUCCACUGCGAUCUAGAGCCCAUGUUUGCCACUGAAUUUAGUGCGUGUUUAGGAUUGAGUAAGCAAGUGCCUUUGAAGGUCGUCGGGGACAUUGGCGGCGGUGGAGCGCUUGCUAAGAUCGAGAAAGGGCGGAAGAUUAUGAGAGAACGAAAGAGCGAAUGGAGUCAAGCUGACGAACUACCCGUGAGUAUCGAAAUACCUUUGCCACCGGAAAAUAGAUAUCACUCUAUCUUUGCAUGUCCCGUAUCCAAGGACCAAGCGACAGAGCAGAACCCACCGAUGAUGAUGACAUGUGGACAUGUUAUAUCAAAGGACAGCCUGCAGAAGUUGGGUAAGGGUAACGGGCGGGUCAAAUGCCCAUAUUGCCCUGUCGAAUCUGUGACAACUAGCGCAUUGCGCGUCAUCUUCUGA